AUGGCUGUGUCCAUCUCCGAGGCUCAGGCUGAGCUCAUCAACUCUCUCGCCCCAGAUGACAUCCCCAUCAAGCUGCGGUGCGCCAUCUGCAGCAAGCUGGCUGUGAAUGCCUUUCGGCUGCCGUGCUGCGAGCAGGCCAUAUGCGAGACAUGCCAAGCCAGCCUUCCGCAGUCCUGUCCGGUCUGCGAGCAUUCUCCCCUUGCCGCUGACGACUGCAACCCGCACAAAUCACUCCGCACCACGAUUCGGGUAUUCCUUCGCACCGCCGAGAAGAAGAGGGAAGCGAGCCGCCCGAAAGAGUCCAAAAAUGCGACUCCCGCGACGCCAGUCGAAAGCGCGAAACCGCCAAUCCCCGAGCAGCUUCCAGAAACCGCCCCUACCGGCCCCGAUGCGAGUUCCACGUCUCAUACGGAGCAGGACAAUGCGCAGUUGAGCGAAACAGUACAACCGAGCGCCGCCAGCGAGCCCGAGCAGCCCGGUGCUCCUGCCGAAACGGCCGUCCCACAAGCUGAAGACCAGGGCGACGAACCAACAGAGACCUCGGGCCAGGAAGUGGUGAAAGACGAAGAGGCGACCGAUGGCCACAAGGAUACCUCCGGGGCCUUGGCCACAACAAGCGGUGGUGAUGGAGACGAUGGUGCCGAGGACGACGACAACGAAACGAACAACUACGACAACAGCGGUGCCAACGCGAACGGCGGAUUUUCCAACAACAUGAUGUUCCCUGGCGGCGACUUCAACCAAAUGCAGAUGAUGAUGGCCAUGCAAAACGGAAUGGGAGGCAACUCCUUUGGUGGCUUCCCCAUGAUGGGAAUGGGCAUGGACCCCAUGACGAUGCAGAACAUGUACAUGAACGGUGGCUUUCAAGGCAUGGGCAUGAACGGCAUGGGCGGCUUCGGUGGGGGUUUCGGACAAGGCUCCAAUGAUAACUGGAACGGUUCACAGUCGUGGAGUUUCGACCAGAAUAAUUACAAUCAAAGUGGUCCCGGCAUGGGCACCGGUGAUUUUGGCAACUUUAACGCAGGAUUCCAAGCAGGAUACAAUCCUGGCAAUUAUGGCCACUUCAAUGACCAUCGCCGCAACAACUUUGGGCGCGGCCGAGGACGAGGACGCGGAUACUACGGCGGCGGCGGUUACGGCCGAGGAGGCUACCAGCAGUUUGGCGGCGGCAUGGCCAACCAGGACCAGGGAUACUAUUCCCAACAGGAGGCCGGCAAUCAACCCCAAGGACAGAUCGACUCGGGUGCGGCAGACGGCAAGAGUGCAGACGAGACUGGGAACGGCACGCCAGGGCAGUCGGCGGGCGCGGGGCCCCAGGGCAGCGGACAAGACUCUGGAGACGGUGGUAGUGCAGACGCCGGCGGAGUAGCAUCCCGUGAGACCCUUGGCAGUGAUGCUGCUGGAGAUGUGUCGCGUACCAGCCAGUCUGGAAACAUCCGCUCCGUCAUGACGGCGCCAGACGUGCCCAUCAACGCACCCAAGGGACCCAGAGCAAUGAGACAGGGGCUUCCGAACACGAGCCUUCACCAUCUCCGAGCGCGCGGUUACCAAGUGGACGGCGCUGCGCAGCCACCAGCGGGGCCGGCAAGUGCUCAGCGGAAAGACACGGCUGCCGAAGGCGGCCGCGCGCGGAGUAAAUCCCGAUCCGCCGAUGGCGCACAUGACGCAUCCGCUGGAUCUGUCCGUGAUCGCAGUAACGAACGCACUGUGGACCGCGAGGCUGGCGAUGAGGGCAGGUCAGUGGCCAGGGACGGCGGUGACGACUCUCACCCCGGCUCCCGGAGGGGCAACCGCAGUCCGGGCCGCAGUCGCAGUCGCAGCCCUAGCCGGGAGCACCGAAGCUCGCAGAGAGAGCGGCGGCAUCGCUCCCAAUCGGCCGAAGGUGGCAACCACGACGACGGUCACCGGAGCAAGAAGCAUCGGGGCGACCGAAGACAUCGUGACGAAGAUGACGAGCAUCGCCGGCCCAGAGACGACCGCCAUGGCGAUCAGUCGCGGUCGGGGUCCCCAGAUGAGUCUCGCAAGUCUAGUCGGCGCAGCCAUCGGGAGAGAGAGGACGAUCGCGAGAGUCGCAGAGAUCGAGACAGACGUCGCGAUCGAGACGACGACCGGCACAAGUCGAGCCACCGCUCUCACCGCGAGCGCGAUCGUGACCGCGAUUACGACGAGUCACGGCGCCGAGGGAGAGACAAGGACUACGACAGGGACCGCAGGGACCGCAAGGAGCGUCGGCGUGAACGGGAGCGCGAGAGAGAGAGCCGCCAUGGCAGCAGCAGCAGGCGACCUUCCGCAGACGGCAGAUCACCCGCAGUCGAAAAGCCCUUUGAUCCGCCCAGCGGGCCGCGUGCCUUGGACGGCCGCGGCUCGGGCUCGCGCAACUCCCACGAGCGCAGAGACGGCGACCAGCAAGGCUCCCACGGCAGCAACAGCAAGGCGAGCGCGCCCAAGGACGCCCACACGCUCGAGCGCGAGGCGCGCAACCUCGAACGCGUGCAGAAGGAGGCACAGCGCAUGGCGGCGGCGAAGGCCGGCUCCAAGAGAGGUCGCGAGGAUGGCGGCGGCGAUGACGGCGGUCGAAAGAGCCGCAGGACGAGCCGGCGCAGCGACGCGAGAGAUGGCUUCGACGACGAGGAUCGCAUGCGCCGGCUCGAGGCCGAGCGCGAGGCCGGACGCUGGGGCUAG